AUGGCUCGAUUUCAGACACGAGCAGACGGCAACGAUGUGGAAGAGUGUCCUGAUGAUUUAGCGUUACGUGACGAUGGAGCCCCCAAGAAGCCUGUUACGGCCGAGGAGGCUAUGGAAAUUGCUAUAGGGGAAAGCAGUACGGUCGAAUACACUGUUGAAUCGGACAAUUCCCCGUACCUGGAAGUCCGCGCCAAUGUGCCUAACACCGAUGACCCUACACUGCCUAUCAACACAUUCAGGAUGUGGUUCUUGGGUGUUGUCUUUACUCUGCUCGGCACAGGAGUCAACCAAUUUUUCUCAAUGCGUUAUCCCAGUGUGACCAUCACCUCGCUUGUAGCACAGUUGGUCAGUUAUCCCGUGGGAUCCUUCUUUGCAAAGGCGUUGCCUAUCAUGAAGGUUCGGCUCUUCGGACGGUGGGAUCUGGUCAUCAAUCCCGACCAUCACUUCAAUGUGAAGGAGCACGCUGUGAUCACUAUCAUGUCAAAUCUCAGCUUCAAUCAGUCAUGGGCAAGUACAAUCAUCCAGGCCCAGAGGGUGUAUUUGAAGAUGCCAACUCGAGUUGGUUACCAGAUCUUGCUGGCCCUGUCUAUGCAGAUGUUUGGUCUUGGGCUGGCUGGAUUGUCUUAUCGAUAUAUCAUCGAACCUCCGCAAAUGAUCUGGCCGUCCACCUUGGCCAAUGCUGCGUUGUUCCAAACACUUCAUAGCGGCGCAAAUCCUAUUGCCGAUGGGUGGAGAAUCUCUCGAUACAGGUUCUUCUUGUAUGUCUUGAUAGGCAGCUUCUGUUGGUACUGGUUACCUGGCUACAUUUUUACUGGCCUGAGCACGUUUGCUUUUGUCUGCUGGGCCGCUCCUAACAACAAAGUGCUCAACAACCUAUUUGGUAUGACGACGGGUCUUGGAUAUCUACCAACGACCUUCGACUGGAGCCAAAUCGCCUACAAUACGUCGCCGCUGGUCAUGCCGUUCUGGGCACAAGCCAACGUCUUCGCCGGGUGGCUUUGCGUUUAUGCUGUGGUGGCCCCAAUUCUAUACUACACCAACACUUGGUUCACCGCGUACCUUCCUCUGACUGGCUCUGACGCCUACGACAAAACUGGAAGUUUCUACAACUCCAGUCGUAUCUUAGACGAGAGCGGCACAAUCGACGAGACGAAGUAUCGCGAGUAUAGUCCUAUAUUCCUGCCUGUCACUUUUGCCCUCAGCUAUGGAAUGGGCUUUGCGGUCCUGAGCUGCCUUAUCAGUCACGUCCUGCUGUAUCAGUACAUUCAGAGGCCAAAACAAGAAGGACAUCCAUGCGAGGCUGCUGUCUCACUAUCCAGAUGUUCCAUGGUGGUGGUACGGGAUUCUGACAGUUAUUGUGGUGGCGAUAGCAAUCUUGACUCAAUAUGUCUGGCAUACAGGACUACCAUUUUGGGGUCUAUUUAUAACGCUUGCUCUGGCGGCUGUUUAUGUGAUUCCCGUCGGCACCGUUUACGCAGUGGCCAACCUCAACAGCAAUGUCUUGACUGUGUUAGGAGAGAUUAUAUCGGGAUACGUGCUAAAGGGGAAACCACUUGUUCUUCUGAUCUUCAAGGUGUGCUAGUACUUCCGUUCUUUUCCAAAAGAUUACUCACGGCUUUGCAGUUUUACGCAUACACCGGCUUGAGUCAAGCGAUGUAUUACGGUGCAGACAUGAAGCUUGUAGCCUGUAUUCUUGGAACAUUGACGCAAAACGGUGUUCUCAUAUGGAUGCUUGGGAAUGUGAAGGAUAUGUGCUCAAGUGAUCAACCAGAUAACUUCACUUGCCCACAGGGCCGGGUCAAUUACAACAGUGCUGUCUUCUGGGGUGCGAGGCUCUAUAGUAUUGGCCAAAGAUAUUCCGGUCUACUGCACAUGUUUUGGAUUGGAGCCUUACUCCCAGUCAUCACAUACUUCAUUCGGAAGAGGUUUCCUAAAUCGCGGUUUCUCGACGCAGUGCACUGGCCUAUCUUCUUUGCAGGCACCGGAAACCUACCACCAGCGACCGGGAUCAAUUACACAACUGCGUUUGCAGUCAGCUUGAUAUUUAACAAGAUUAUCAAAGGCCGCAGACCACAUUGGUGGGCCAAGUACAACUAUGUGUUAUCAGCUGCCCUGGACUCAGGCGUCGCCGUUGCUGCCAUUCUGAUCUUCUUUGCUUUGGUAUUUCCUGGCGUCAGCUUGAACUGGUGGGGAAACACCGUAAAUAGUGGGACGGUUGACGCCAAGGGAGUGCCGUGGAAAGAGCUAAGUGCAAACGAGACGUUCGGCGAGAGCAAUUGGUCAUGA